AUGUCAAAACGAAACAAGAGAGAACGCAUCUCGUAUAAGCAAGCCGAUGAUUUUGUAUCUGAUUUCGAUAGCGACGUAGAAAAUGAAGAUGAUCAAGGAGAGUACAAACCAAAAAGCAGACCGAAAGCAAAGACCACCAAAUCAAAAAGGAAGCAACCCACGUUACCACCCACCACCAACACAGAUGCCACAGUCCAUGGUACAUGGGAUGAGGAGCGCACAAAAGAGCUCGCCAAGAAAUACCCAGAUACCUAUUGGAAAUUCCAUGCCAACGUCCCUGAGAGCCAUAUGAUUAAAACCAUAAACUCGCAAUCUCCACUGGUUAGUAUUCCGUGCACCAUGACAGAUCAAGGCCCCAUUACAAGUAUGACGCUGUCCGACGAUGGUUCUCUUCUUGUAACCUACUCCAACACAGGCGCUGUCAAACUAUACGACAUCCAGGAUGACUUUCGACUGGUCCGCAAACUAAGAGACACGGACGAAAAACACAUUGAUGAAUUCUAUUGCGGUACACUGACACCCAACGGACUACUUGCUGUUGGAGGCAAGUCAAAAGACCGAUAUCGAUGGUCUGCCAACGAUGCGGAUAACCAUAUUUUACCUUGCGCUAUAAAGAUAUUCAAUGUGUGUGAGAACAAAUUAGUGGCGAGACUAGAGGGACACGAAGAGGAGAUCCUGAGCAUCAAAAAAGUGGUUUUUAUGGAGCAAAACUACUUGAUUUCGACAAGCCAGGAUGGUUCCAUUCGUAAAUGGCAAAUGGCUGAGGAUUGGCAAACGCUGAUAGCAUCUACCAAGAUGAAAGACGAUGUUACUUGCAUGGCAUUCACUGUUUCUUUUCUACCAAACACAGGCAACAAGUACUUUAUAGCAGCUACAGACGAACAUUUACGACUGUAUGAUUUCGAACAAGCAGCGUUAAUUCAGACAUUUCCGAGCAUGUACUCUUCCUAUUGUGAUUGCGCUAAAUUUGUUAAUUGGCUGGAUGAUGAUACAUCUAGUAGCCAUAGUCAAUAUGCAUGGCUCAUCAGUCGAGGUGCUGAACUGUGUGACCAAAGUGAGGGAGUCUCAUCAAAACCCAAUACAUGUACAUUGCAUAAGCUGAUCUAUCCUACCAACGCGCAAGAAGGGUUUAUAUUGGAACAACACAAGACUUAUCAACACCAAGACUACCACGCCAAUUCUUGGCUAGUCAAAAUCACUUGCAAUGGCCGCUAUUUAUUAGCACCAACUGUAUAUGGACAAAUCUUUGUUUUCAAUAUCAAGUCGGGCCAAGUUACUGCGAUCAUCAAAGGGCAUCAAGACAUGGAAGUACGGGAUGUUAUUUUCCAUCCAUAUCGACCGCUGAUAUUCUCUUGUGGUGAUGAUGGCUGUGUAAAGGUAUAUACCUCUGAAUCAAAGUAG